AUGGCAGGAAUAAACUUCUGCGGCUGGAUAACUGCCUUCGUUUGCUGUGUUCUUUGCUCCGGGAUGAUGUGUUUUUUGAUUUUCGGCACCACCGUGUUCAUCACUUUUAUGGCUCUUUUCACUGCAAUCAACGAGUGUCCGGGGCCAGAUUUGAUUGCAGCGCAAAGUUGUGUUCCGUUGGUAGGACAAUUGGCCAAUGUUACGAUUCAAUUCGAGCCAAGGUUCGGUGAUGAGGGAUCGGAACAAAUGAAAGAGGUUAUGGCGUUGUGUGAGAAUGUUACGCACUGUAUAAAAGAUGUCAACUGCCUCACCUUUCGUAUUGGCUACCUAAGAUCUGGAAAAAUAUGCGAAGUCUUUGCUUUUAUCAACGAAGAGUUUGGUCAAUGCGCUGGGAAACUAAAGAAAAAGGCGUACGAAAGAAACAUUGACUGUCUGAAAUUCCUAUUUCAAAACGAGGAGAAAUGCGAGGGAUGGGCUGAGCACCAGAAGUGUAUCGAUGAAGAAGUUCUCAGCGAUUGUGGAAGUGGAAUGUCGGAACGAUUCAAACAGAUCUCCAAAGACUUCAUGUUUGGUACAUGCACGACUGUUGAAAAACCCGCCACCUCCACCAACAACACUUCACAAUAA